CCCCCUCUUCCCUCUUCCCUCCCCCUCCUCUUCCUUUAAAUACCCUCUCACCUGUCCUUCGCUCCUUUCUCAACCAUCCUCCACCAUCCCACCCGCCGUCGUUUCGACAUCCAUCCAUCGAUCCUCUCCCUCUCUCUCUCUCUCUAUCUCUAGAAAUGGCGCCCGCUUCUCUCCACGAGCCCCCGAACGCCGUCUGCGUCAUGGACGCCUCCGGCCGCCUCGGCUCCCGCCUCGUCCGCCGCCUCCUCCGCCGCGGCUACUCCGUCCACGCCGCCGUCCAGAGCGAAGGCGAGAUCGAUCGGCUGAAGGAGCUGUCGUCCUCGUCGCCCGACGACGCGGAGAGGCUGAAGAUCUUCCGCUCCGAUCCGUUCGACUACCAGAGCAUCGUCGACGCGCUGCGGGGGUGCUCCGGCCUGUUCUACGCCUUCGAGCCGCCUCAGGACCAGCCGAGCUACGACGAGUACAUGACCGAAGUGGAAGUAAGGGCAGCACACAACGUGCUGGAGGCGUGCGCCCAGACAGACACCAUCGACAAGGUGGUCUUCACUUCCUCCGUGACCGCGGUGGUCUGGACAGAUGACCGGAAAUCGCAGGAAUCGGAUUUCGACGAGAGACAUUGGAGCAACGUCAACCUGUGCCGCAAAUACAAGCUGUGGCACGCGCUGUCGAAGACGCUGGCGGAGAAAGCGGCGUGGGCCCUGGCGAUGGACCGAGGCGUGAACAUGGUGUCCGUGAACGGAGGGCUGCUGAUGGGGCCGGACCUGUCCAUCGCCCACCCGUACCUGAAGGGAGCGGCCGAGAUGUACGAGGACGGGGUGCUCGUGACCGUCGACGUCGACUUCCUGGUCGACGCCCACUUGUGCGUUUUCGAGGACGUCUCCUCCUACGGCCGCUACCUGUGCUUCAACCACAUCGUCAACCGCCCCGAGGACGCCCUCAAGCUCGCCCAGAUGCUCACCCCCUCGGCUCCUUCGAUGCCUCAAAGCAUGGUGGCGUGCAGCUACGAUCAAGAGCUGAAGAUCAUCGAGCAGAGGAUCGGCAACAAGAAGCUCAAUAAACUCAUGGUGGAUUUCGAGAGAGGAGUCCAGGUGGACUGAUCCGUCAAUCAUCUCAGUCUCAAGCGCCGCAGCUUGGGGAAAGAGAGAUUAAAAAAGAAGAAGAGGGGAAUAGAUUCUCGAUUAUCGUGUUUAUAUAAAGAUUUCUAUUAGGUUCAUCGCUCCUGGAAGAAACAUCUCUCUCGCGCUCAUCAUGGGACGGUCGACACGCGGGAAGAAUAUAGGGGUAUAACACCAGCUCCUACCACGCUCCUCGACCAUCUGAUAAUGAACGAGAAAUUUAUAUUUUUUUUCGUUCUCAUCGGUGGGGGAGCCUAAGGAUAAUCUUUUAUAUAGUUGGAGGGGUUUCUAGAAUAAUAGGGAGAAACGAUAAAUGCUUAGUUUGGUGCUGCCCGCACUUGGGCACGUUCGAGGAAUGAGACCCUGUCUGUCUCAAGGUGAGAAAGAGUCAACGACGGAACUAAGGCGCACUUAAUGUUACAGUGGGAGGCGGCGAGAAGGAGACGAAGAUCGUCGACUUUUUUCCAGGUUGUAAAUUGUAAUUGUUUUCCAGCUAGUCAUGCCCAUUGCCUAGUCGACGGCCAUGUAAAUAAAUGCUGGAUUUCUUCUUCUUCUUCUUCUUAUGCUGCCACUGCUGCUGCUGCAGUUGUCUGGUGGAUUUGAGUCUUCAUCGAGCCGCAGUGGCGCGUUUCAAAUUGCUUGUCAUUCCAAAAUCUAUCCUGGUUUGGUGUCUAA